GGAGAAGAAGAAAGAAAAGCUGAGAGCACUUCACAUUCCACACUGCUUCAACUAGGAGUCUUUCCGUGUAAAAACCCCACACCACAGAUAUGGAGAACCACAGGCCAUUCCUUGUGUUGCUGUUCUUCGCCUUUGCACUCGGUUUUAUCGCGGUUGUGUUCGUCCUGAGAUGGGUUUUACAUUUCAGAGAGGGUUUAGCCUGGGAUGGAGGAGCUAAAGAAUUCAACUGGCAUCCUCUUUUGGCUGUGACUGGUUUUAUUUUCCUUCAAGGAAUCGCAAUUGUUGUGUACAGACUUCCAUGGACUUGGAAGUGCAGUAAGUUGAUGAUGAAGUUCAUUCAUGCUGGCCUGAAUGUGCUGGCCUUCAUCCUGGCUGUCAUUUCUCUGGUAGCAGUGUUUGACUUCCACAACGUGCAGAAUAUCCCCAAUAUGUACAGCUUGCAUAGCUGGGUGGGAUUAGCCGCAGUCAUUCUCUUCUCACUGCAGAUUGUGCUAGGAGUUUGCAUCUUCCUCCUGCCUGUAAGCCCAGGAUAUGUGCGAGCUGCAUUUAUGCCUAUACAUGUAUUUAGUGGUCUGUUCAUCUUUACCACUGUGAUUGCUACUGCACUCAUGGGCAUCACUGAAAAGCUCAUAUUUGGCCUGAAAGAUCCAAAAUACAAAGAUUCUCCUCCAGAGGCCACAUUUGUUAAUGUGCUUGGAUUGCUGAUAACUGUGUUUGGGGCACUCAUACUGUGGAUCGCCACUCGGGCCUCCUGGAAGAGACCAAGUGAGCAGCUCCUGCACACCCUGCACAGCAACGAACCAGCAUCAGUUGGCACCAAAACAGACACAGCAAUAUCUGAGAGACCUGACCCAGAGCCUAACAGUGAGGCCCGCAGAAGAAAUGGCAAACCAGAGGAGUAAGGACUAGUGUAAGAGAAGAAUAUCUGCUAUGUUUAUCAUUCCAGAGCAGGCAAAACAGCUCAUAGAAAUAAAAAAUCCAGUAUCUCAAAAUAUUAGAAUAAAGAAUUUAUAAUACAAAAAUGUCGACCUUCUGAAAAGUAUGUUAAUUUAUGCACUCAGUGCUUGGUUAAGGCUCCUUUUGCAUGAAUUACUGAAUCAAUGUGGCGUGGCAUGGAGGCAAUCAGCCUGUGGCACUGCUGAGGUGUUCUGGAAGCCCAGGUUGCUUUGAUAGCGGCUUUCAGCUCAUCUGUAUUGUUGGGUCUGGUGUCUCUCAUAAAUUCUCUAUGGGGUUCAGGUCAGGCGAGACGGCUGGCCAAUCAAGCACGGUAAUACCAUGGUCAGAAAACCAGUUACUAAUAGUUUUGGCACUGUGGGCAGGUGCAAAUCCUGCUGGAAAGGAAAUCAGCAUCUCCAUAAAGCUUGUCAGCAGAUGGAAGCAUGAAGUGCUCUAAAAUCUCCUGGUAGACGCUGCAUUAACUCUGGACUUGAGAAAACACAGUGGACCAACACCAGCAGAUGACAUGACACCCCAAAUCAUCACUGACUGUGGAAACUUCACACUGGACUUCAAGGAACUUGGAUUCUGUGCCUCUCCGCUCUUCCUCCAGACUCUGGGACCUUGAUUUCCUAAUUAAGGGCAAAAUUUACUUUCAUCUGAAAAGAGGACUGUAGACUACUGAGCAGUGGUCCAGUUUUUUUUCUCCUUAGCCCAGAUAAGACGCUUCUGAUGUUGUCUCUGGUUCAGGAGUGACAUGACACUAGGAAUGUGACACUGUGACAUUUCUUUAUUAUGAAUUCUUUAUUCUAAAAUUUUGAGAUACUGGAUUUUUGAUUUCCAUGAGUGGUAAGCCUUAAUCAUCAAGAUUUAAACAAAAAAAGGCUUGAAAUAUUUCAGUUUAUGGGUAAUGAAUCUAGAAUAUAUGAAAGUUCCACUUUUUUAAUUAAAUUACGGAGAAAAAAUGAACUUUUCCGUGAUAUUGAAUUUUUUUGAGAUGUACCUGUAAUUAUGCAAAAGUUACAAUAUAUUUACUACCUAAAGAUAUACCUUACAUUUUCAGUUCAUUAUACUACACUGAGACUUUUUGUCUAUUUUUACUAUAGACUAGUUUUUGUAGCUUUAGCAAAAGAAUCUUCUAAAGAAAUGAAAUACAGCAACACCAGACAGUUUCUUCAACCAGCAAUAUAUGCACGUAUUAAAAACUGGAUUGUUGAUAUGCUUUGCUUUACAGAGAAAUCAUAGUGUUUAUAUUGGUCAUAUUUGAUGUCAGUUGAUGUCCUUAUAUACGUUAUACAUUGGUGAGGUUCUGCUUAAAGUCAACGCCAAAUAACAGUUAAAGAGCACUAUUUUAUCCCGCAUGUCCAAGUGAAAACCAAACGAAUUCUUUCGCAGUUAUUAAUAUCAGCAAAUUUUGCUGGGCAUGAUGGUUGAUAUUUUCAAAACCCAAAAAACGUAUUCUUUACUUCACAUGUUACUGUCACAUUUAACAGCAUUAACAAACAAUACAAUAAUCAAUCAGUGCAGUUUAUUUUUCUUGUACUUAAUUAUUACUUUUGCUCUCAAUUGAUUGUCAGCUUCCCACCAGAGCAGCCAAACAAGACCAGGCUUUUUGUCUUGUCAGAAGCUGGAGUUAUUCUGGACACCUAUAUAAUUCUUGCAUUUAAAAUGUAGACUAGCAAGCUGCCUGUAAUCCUUAACAUGAGUAACAUUAAGUUGCCAUAUUUCAAUCUAUUGAUCCAACAUGAGCUUGCAAGCAGUUCACAGUGCAAUCAUGACAUGUACUGAGAGGAUGUAAGGUAGAUGAAGUUGUGUUGUUCCAUUAUAUCAUUGCUUGAUGUAUUAUUGAAAUGCACUUUUAUGUUGAAAUUGGGCAUUGUGACAUGGAUGAUAUUUGAGUGCAAAUAAAUCUCAGUAGUAUUCAUCUCAAUUAUUAAUAAUGCUGUGAAAGCCAUGUAAUUGUCCCUUGAAUCCAUAUUGACCAAGAUGUGUUUCCCUGACAUGCUGGAGCUGCAAGGCUAAUAUUCUUUCUUAAAAAGUCAAGGAAUCUUAACGACUACCGGAUCUGCAUUGUGAUUUCAGACUGUCUGACACUGUUAUAAAAAUGAACAAAAGUACUUUGUGUAGAUAAAACCAGCAGAAUCCCAGAAUCCUCAGUAGUCUUUUUUGUUUUUGUUUUUUACUUUAGCUCAUAGUUCAUUUUCAUUUUGUGGAAAUGUUAACUUUUUUAUAUGAACUUUUUUUAAGCAGCCUUAUUAAAAGAUAUUUCUCCAGCUCAAGAGUAAGACGAACGACAGUGUUUUGCUAACAUUAAUCAUAUGGCAGUAUGUAAAAAAGGUUUCCUAAUUGUAAUUUUACUGUUUGAUACACACAUGCAAUAAAGCAAGUCUUUAAUAAGUUUUAAUUAAA